AUGUACCUCGGCCGACUCAUCUCCAUGGACAACGGUUUACGUGCAGAGAUCAUGAAGCGCAGACGAUGGAUGGCAAUGGAAAGCAUCAAAGAAGCUGCUCAACUCGCAUCGGACAAGAAAAUACGAGCUGAACUUUUCGACUCUAGAUAUACUCUGGUAUUGCCUGCAUUCUGUUACGCAUCCGAUAUGUGGACGGAGAACAGGACGUCGGAGCUAGUGUUGGUUAGCGCACAAAGAGCUGUGGAGCGAACGAUGCUGAAGAUCAACCUCGCAAUGCAGAGAAGUCUCAACCUCCGUAGCGCAGACAUACGCUCAAUGACCGGCAUUCGUAACACCGAGGCGGGAAUGUUGGCUAAUACUGGUUCCAAACCGCUCAAGAUCGUCAAAAAUAGUGGGAAGCGUGUGUUUGCCGCUGAGGAUCAUCAGCCGACAACGAGCGUCCAAGUAUCCAAGUAA